CCCUGGAGCGGCGCUUGGAGCCAAGUUGCUGUGGCCUGGCCUGUGCGAACGUUCGGUCGGGGUGAUGACGACCAGCUGGGAAAGCAUUCUGCAGGAUGACCAGCAGCUAGAAGAGCUGGCCCAGCAGGCAGUGGACAAGGCCUUGAUGGAGGGUGUGCUGAUGAGGACCAAGCAGGAACCCAGCUCCUCUAAUAUUGUAAGUUAUGCCCCCUUCACAUUGUUCCCCUCCGCAGUACCCAGAGAGCUUCUUGAACAAGCCUAUGCUGUGCAAACAGACUUCAAUCUCCUCGUGGACACAGUUAGCCAGAACUCGGCCUUCUUGGAACAGACACUCUGCAGCACCAUUAAAAUAGAUGACUUCGUCGCACAGCUCUUUGACAUCUACAAACAAGUCCUGAAAGAGGGCAUUGCCCAGACGGUGUUUCUAGGACUGAAUCGCUCUGAUUACAUGUUUAACCGCAGUGCAGAUGGCCCCCCGGUCCUGAAACAAAUCGAGAUCAACACCAUUUCUGCCAGCUUUGGGGGCCUCUCCUCCAAGACCCCAGCUGUGCAUCGGCACAUCCUUAAUGUCCUGGGCAAAACUAAGGAAGCUGCUAACAUCCUCUCUAAUAAUCCCAGCAAGGGGCUGGCUCUGGGUAUUGCCAAAGCAUGGGAACUCUACGGCUCAUCCAAGGCUCUAGUUCUUGUCAUUGCUCAAGAGGAGGAAAGAAAUGUGUUUGACCAACACUACAUAGAACAUGACCUAUUAGCCAGGAAUAUCCAUGUGAUUCGUCGAAGGUUUGAAGAUGUUGCUAAAACAGGAGCUUUGGACCAAGACCGGAAGUUGUUUUUGGAUGGCCAGGAGAUUGCUGUGGUUUACUUCCGUGAUGGCUAUAUGCCCAGUCAGUAUAGCCCCCAGAACUGGGAAGCACGCUUGCUCCUGGAGAGGUCGUGUGCUGUUAAGUGCCCAGACAUAGCCACUCAGCUGGUCGGGACCAAGAAGGUCCAGCAAGAGCUGAGCCGCCCAGGGGUGCUGGAGACCCUGAUACCAGACCAGCCAGAAGCUGUGGCCCGCCUCCGGGCCACAUUUGCAGGCCUCUACUCCUUGGAUGUGGGCGAAGAAGGUGACCGUGCUAUCAUGGAGGCCAUCGCUGCCCCAGGCCGAUUUGUCCUGAAGCCCCAAAGGGAGGGUGGAGGAAACAACUUGUACGGGGAGGAGAUGGCACAAACCCUAAAGCAGCUGAAGGCCAGUGAGAAAAGGGCUUCCUACAUUCUCAUGGAGAAGAUUGAGCCCGAACCCUUCGGAAACUGUCUCCUGCAGGCUGGGAUCCCUGCACGGAUGACGCAGUGCAUUUCUGAGUUGGGAAUUUUUGGCGUUUAUGUCAGGCAGGGGAAAACACUGCUGAUGAACAAGCAUGUGGGUCAUCUUCUCCGUACCAAAUCCACGAAACAUGCAGAUGGUGGAGUGGCUGCUGGGGUAGCUGUCCUAGAUAACCCUUAUGCAGUGUGAGGGGCUGGUAGAGAACUUGGUCAUAGGGCCACUACCCUAUAUGUGUGUGUGUAAGGUGGGACAGGGCCUGCUAGCAAAUGACUUUGGAUUCUCCACCACCACCCCUCCCCUUUUUUUUUUUCAGAUUUCCCCUCUCUCCCCCUUCUCACAGCCCAGAUUGCCUUUAGAUGACCAGAAAAGCAACAGGAAUCUAUUUUUUUCCCCUAAGCCUCAGCCUUUGAAACCCAGUGGGAUCACAGGCUGCCCUACCCUUCCCCUCUGCUGAGGCCAGAUGUGGGCCUGGUGUGGAUUAGCUCCCCAUCCCUCAAAUAAAGAUGCAUUGAUUAAAGCUGGA